AGUGUAAACAAUUUCUGAAAUCACACGGGAGGAAGUAUCAGCCACGACACGAAACUGAAAGCCAGACAAAAAAGUUGCAUUUGCUGUAAUCGAUAUAAAUGAACAGAGGAGCGCGAGGAGUUCACGCACAGCUUCAAGAUGCAUAGCCAGUGGCAGUGUCUCAUGGUCACGGCCUUCGGUGAGUGGCCCCACCAAAGGGGUGCACAAAUUAACCAAGCAAUAACUUUCCCCACAGCACUGUUCCUGCUGGUAAGCAGCAGCAGCAGCAGCAGCACCGCCAACAGCUCCGAGAGCAGCAACAGCACCACAACCACCAGCAGCAGCACCACUGUUAGGACGUCCAUCUGCUUGCUGCCACCCGUGUGCAUGCACAACAGUCCGCGUGUCUGCGGCAGGUUUCCCGAUGGCAAGUGCCAGCGCUUCAACAACAUCUGCCACCUGCUGGAGGCGCAUCACAAUGGGAAGCCUGCCGCUGUGCGGCACGUGCCUGUGCGGGAGUGCCGCUUUGUCGCCGGCGUGGGGCACUUGUACAGACGCCCCUGCAACGACGGCUGUCCCGGCCGGCGCGUCAACUGCAAGCGCACGCCCCACACGGCGGAGAUUUGCGUGCGCACCAACAACCAAAAGGAGUGCCAGCUGCUGGCCAAUGUCUGCCAGCUGCGCCACCAGAACUGCCAGGACACGCCGCGACACAACUGGCAUCGCACGGACAAACGUCGCUGUGGUGCGGCCAGGGUCAGCGAUAGCCCCAGGCCCUGCCUGCCCAUACGCGAAGCACCAAAAGCUGUUACCCACGAACAGGCAGAGGAUGAGGAGCAGAAUAAGUGAUGCUGAUAUCGGUUCUUUAUAGAGUA